CAGGCUCCAGGCUCCGAGCCAUCAGCCCAGAGCCCGACGUGGGGCUCGAACUCACAGACCGCGAGAUCGUGACCUGGCUGAAGUCGGACGCUUAACCCACUGCGCCACCCAGACGCCUCUGCAGUUCUGAUCUUAAGGAAUAUUACUCCGUAUCUCAUUGACCAGUACUCAUCACGGGUUUUGUUAAACUUUACGUUCUCCACAGCGGUGGUUCUCAAAGUGUGGUCCCUGGACCAGCAACAUCAACAUGACCUGGGGACUACUUCAAAAUGCUAAUUCUUGGGCCCUGCUAUGGUCUGAAUGUUUAUGUCCCCCCAAAGUUUGUAUGUUCAAAUCCAGAAAUACCGUAUAAGGAGGUGAGAUCUUUGGGAACUGAUUGGGUCACGAAGGUGGACUACUCAUAAAUGGGAUUAGUGCUCUUGUAAAAUAGAUCCCACACAGAAGGUGCUGGCUGUGAACCUUUAGUGAGGUCUCUCACUAAAAUGUGACCACACUGAUGCCCUGAUCUUGGACUUUCCAGCCUCCAGAACGGUGAUCAAUAAAUCUCAGGUGUUUAUAGGCUGCCCAGUCUGUGGUGUUUCAUUAUAGCAGCCUGACUGGACUAAGAAAGUUGCUCCCCUAGGCCUGUUGAAUCAGAAACUGGGAGUGAGAUGGAGGGUUUUUACUGUAUCUUAACAAGCCCUCGAAGUGUUUUGAAUCCACAUUAAAGUUUGAGAGCUUCUGCUCUCUGUGUCUAGUUCAGGGAACUUCACCUUGGUGCCGUGGUGUUGGCAGGAAAUGUUUAUGUGAUGAAUAUUGAGUAUGUGACCAUGUGGACAUUGUCUUCUAGGUUUCUUGUUGUCUCUGGGGAGCCCCUGGGUUAGAUCUUUCUCCAGACUUCAGCCUGCCUCCCCCCAGCAGCUCUGCUUGGAUUUACAGAUGCCUACCAGGCUUUAGGCUCCUGAGAGAAUAAAGUUUGAGACCUACCAUGACGAUGUCAGCUAAUCAGACCUCGCCCCAAAAAUCCCUGAUCCUGGUUCCAGAGGAAUAUGACAGUUCAUAUGAGGGAUCGGUGUCCUUCAGGGAUGUGGCUGUAGAUUUCAGCAGAGAGGAGUGGCAGCAUCUAGACCUUGCUCAGAGAAACUUGUACCGGGAUGUGAUGUUGGAGACCUACAGUCACCUGCUUUCAGUAGGGUAUGAAGUUCCCCAACCAGAAGUUUUCAUGUUGGAGCAAGGAAAGGAGCCCUGGGCAUUGCAGGGUGAGAGCCCACAUCAGAGCUGUUCAGAAGAAUUGUGGCAGAUUGAUGACCAGACAGAAAGCUAUCAGCAAAGAGAAAACAAAUCUUUAAGCGAUGUUGUUUUCAUCAAGAAAAUACUGACUGCAAAGAAGGAUUAUGAAUAUAAGGACAUUAGAAAAAUAAUCCAUGUGAGCCAAAACAUUCUUUCCCCCAAAAGAGCCCCUCAGUGUGAUUCAUUUGGAAAUGCUUUGAAGCAUAAUUUAGAUUUACACAGUCAUUAUAGAAACAGUGCAUCAAAGAACAUGAAUAAGAUUACUGAAUAUGGUAAAAUUUCUUCCUCUACUGACCCUGAGUGUUCUCCAACAGGAGAGAAGUUAUGGGACCAUAAUCAAUGUGGAAAUAUCCUCAGCUAUAAACAAGCACCCUCUCAACAUCAAAAAAUUCAUACUGGGGAGAAAUCUUACGAAUAUGCUGAAUUUGGAAAGAUCUUCACCCAGAAGUCACAGCUCAGGGUACAUAUGAAAGUUCAUACAGGAGAAAAACUCUAUGUGUGCAUUGACUGUGGGAAAGCUUUUGUAAAGAAGCCAGAAUUCAUUACACAUCAGAGAACCCAUACUAGAGAGAAGCCCUAUAAGUGCAGUGAAUGUGGAAAAGCUUUUUUCCAAGUAUCUUCUCUCUUAAGGCAUCAAAGAAUUCAUACUGGAGAAAAACUUUAUGAAUGCAGUGAAUGUGGAAAAGGCUUCUCUUACAACUCUGAUCUCAGUAUACACCAGAAAAUUCAUACUGGAGAGAGACACCAUGAAUGCAGUGAUUGUGGCAAAGCAUUUACACAAAAGUCCACGCUCAAGAUGCAUCAGAAGAUUCACACAGGUGAGAGAUCUUAUAUAUGUAUUGAAUGUGGACAGGCCUUCAUACAGAAGACACACUUGAUUGCACACCGAAGAAUCCAUACUGGAGAAAAACCAUAUGAAUGCAAUAACUGUGGGAAGUCCUUCAUUUCUAAGUCACAACUCCAGGUACAUCAACGAAUUCACACAAGAAUGAAACCCUUUAUAUAUACUGAAUAUGGGAAGAUCUUCAACAAUAGUUCCAAUCUCAUUACACAUAAGAAAGUUCAAAUUAGAGAGAAAUCGUCCAUAUGUACUGAAUGUGGUAAGGCCUUUACGUACAGGUCAGAACUGAUUAUACAUCAGAGAAUUCACACUGGGGAAAAACCUUAUGAAUGCAGUGAUUGUGGAAAAGCCUUUACUCAGAAGUCAGCACUCACAGUGCAUCAGAGAAUUCAUACAGGAGAAAAAUCUUACGUAUGCAUGAAAUGUGGACUAGCCUUUAUCCAGAAGGCUCACUUGAUUGCACAUCAAAUAAUUCAUACUGGAGAGAAACCUUAUAAAUGUGGCCACUGUGGGAAAUCCUUUACUUCCAAGUCACAACUCCAUGUACAUAAACGAAUUCACACAGGAGAGAAGCCUUAUAUGUGCGCUAAAUGUGGGAAGGCAUUCACCAACAGGUCAAAUCUCAUUACACAUCAGAAAACUCAUACAGGGGAGAAAUCCUAUAUAUGUCCUAAAUGUGGAAAGGCCUUCACACAAAGGUCAGAUUUGAUUACACACCAGAGAAUUCAUACUGGAGAAAAACCUUAUGAAUGUGGUACCUGUGGAAAAGCCUUUACCCAAAAGUCACACCUCAAUAUACACCAGAAAAUUCAUACCGGAGAAAGACAGUAUGAAUGCCAUGAAUGUGGGAAAGCCUUCAACCAGAAAUCAAUACUUAUUGUGCAUCAGAAAAUUCAUACAGGAGAGAAACCUUAUGUAUGCGGUGAGUGUGGUAGAGCUUUCAUCCGGAAGUCAAACUUCAUUACUCAUCAGAGGAUUCAUACUGGAGAGAAACCUUAUGAAUGCAGUGAUUGUGGGAAAUCCUUCACGUCCAAAUCUCAGCUCCUGGUGCAUCAACCAAUUCACACAGGAGAAAAACCGUAUGUGUGUGCUGUGUGUGGGAAAGCCUUUAGUGGCAGAUCAAAUCUCAGUAAACACCAAAAAACCCACACAGGAGAAAAGCCCUACAUCUGUUCUGAAUGUGGGAAGACCUUCAGACAGAAGUCAGAGUUGAUUAUACAUCAUAGAAUCCACACUGGAGAGAAGCCUUAUGAAUGCAGUGACUGUGGCAAAUCUUUCACUAAGAAAUCACAACUCCAAGUGCAUCAGCGAAUUCACACAGGAGAAAAGCCUUAUGUAUGUGCUGAGUGUGGGAAGGCUUUCACAGACAGGUCAAAUUUGAAUAAACAUCAGACAACACACACUGGAGACAAACCCUAUAAGUGUGUAGUCUGUGGGAAAGGCUUCGUCCAGAAAUCUGUGCUCAAUGUCCAUCAGAGUAUUCACACUUGAGAAGAACAGUGUGAGAAAACCUCAGUGAGAUCAGGUCUGAUUGUAUAUCAUUAAAUUUGUUAGCAGAAAAAUAUGCAUAUUAUAAGUAGAAAUACCCCAUCAAAGUGUCUCACAUUAUUGUAAAGAAUAGGGCCCUGAAUGAAGGGGGCCCUUCCCACAUUAACACCACCUUCAUUAAACCUUGAAGCGUUCAUACUAGGAAAAUUGAUAGAAGGCUUCUCAUAAAAAUAUGAUGGGACAUUGUUAUCAGAUUCUGCAUAGGAGAGGUUAUAUUAAGUCAUGUUAAUGAUAAUCCUGUUUACUGUGGAAUAGGCAGGUUACCAACAGGUUGAAUGGUACAACUACAUAAUGUAUAUGAUAGUGACAGAUCCUAAGUUCUGUGAGAUGUUUGCUGCAGAACACACUAUCUAACACUGUUUGGGGUGUUUUCUCAUUCUUCUGCUGAAUCUAACAUGGUUGUGUGUGUCCGGUCCCCCAUUGAGUAUUUCCAUCAAGAAAGAGAUAACUCAGUAAAAAAGUUCUUUAUGUAUGCAGACACAAACCUCCGAGUGUAUGUUGACCCAUUAUCCUCUAGCAUCAUGACUGGUAACCCCACCCCUUAUCAUCUCUACCACUAAAGUGUAUUUGACCCUCAUUAGUUCCUAGAAUAUUGUCUUCUGACACCCACAUAAUUGCAUUAGUGCUAAAUACUAAUGUCUGUUGACUGCCAUUAUCUCAUUUAGCUCCCCACAUAGUGUUUUGUGAACCUCCACUACCCUCAGGAAAGCUUCUGAAAAGAAUUUUCAGGUCAUUUUGGUCAACUUUUCAUCUCCAUCUCCCUUUUGCUGUCAUAGUUCUUCCAGCUUAUUUGUCUGCCUUAAUGCCCUGACAUUUAUAAUAAUAACAAAUUAGAAACUCAUAUUAAAACACACCUCAACAUUUGUUCAAGUCUUCUCUGUGUCCCAUCUUUAUGCCAUGGACUCCACAAGCACCUUCUCCCCGUGUGCCUCAAACACAUCAGUUCAGGUCCUGCCUCAGAGCCUUUGCAUCUACAGCACUUAUAUCUGUGUGGUUAGCUCCUUCAUGUCUUCCAAUGGCACCUCUUCACAGAGGCUUUCCCUGUGCUUUCCUGCCUGGUUUAAAAUUUUGACCCUCUCCCCUCUAUCCUUUAUCCUUCUCCAUAGCACUUAUUGCCACGAUGCCCUGUAUAUUUUACUUGUCUCUGGCUCCUACGUUAGAAUGUUUUUCUGUUUUGUUCACCACUGUGAACCUUGACCCGUGCCUGACAACAACAGACAUUCCAUGAAUGCACACUGUGAAGUGUUGACCCUGCUCAUCACAACUUUCCUUUAAUCUUUUCUGUAUUGCAGCAUACGAUGCUGCAAUGGGGAGAACCAGCUUGCCUAAAACACCAGGCUUUUUCAGCUUGUUUUUACCUGGCCUCUGCCUCCCUUCCCCAAAGCUGAAACAUUAUUAUAAACCUUUUUGCCUGAUGCCAGCCAAUUUAAAGAAGGGAAAACUGAGACAGGAAAUCCCACAUAGAUGCUUGGUGUUCAGGAUUUCCUACCAUGAUUGUGAAAUUCGCAGCUCCAAAUACCCCACCCCAGACCCUCAUCUACAGACCCACUCCUCAUGUCCCGACAGGACCACAGCUCUAAUAGUAUGAAGAGGCUGAGAGCAAACAGGGCAGACCUUCCUGGGAAGUUAGGUGUCUGACCCAAGACUGGCAGCAGUGGUCUCUCAAAUGCAGGCAGAGGGUCUGACUGAACACUCAGCUGUUGGGCAGCCAAAUUGGAAAGAGCAGAAUGGUUCCUCCAGGUCAGUCCACUGGUAACAACUGGGAGUGGCAAGUAAUGGGGUUGUGCAAGGUGCUGUUGCCUUUGUGAACAACAGCAUUGUGGUUGAGGAUGGGGACAGAACCUUGUCAGGGGGCAAGGCUGGGAAUACUCCUGAACCCUCUCACCCAAAUUUGGUAGUGCCAUUACUCCACCUUGGAUCGAUGUCUGAUCCAUCCCUAACUCCCUUCAUCUCACUAUUUGACAGUAUCUGAUGAUCCACCAUACUCUUAUUCCUAUCUUAGAACAACGUAUGGUAGGUGAUCCACUGCUAACCCCCUUUAUCUCAUUCGGUACUGUAUCUGGGGCUUCACUAAAUGUCUUGCAACCCACCAUUAUGCCUCAAUUUAUGGCAGUGUUUGCUGACCCCCUCAAGAGAGUGUCUGAAGGACACCACCCCCCCCCCCACUUCUUACCCCACUGCAGCACAGUAUUUGUACACCCAUUAUCCCUCUUUCACUCAGUACUACGUUUAUCACCCCUCCUUAAUUCCAGGAAAUAGUGUCCUGGAGAUGUCAUUACCUCCUCCACAACUAACCUCCAGCAUGAUGUCUGUCACUUCACUUGUGACAAAGCCUAGUAAUCUCCAUAUUCCCCAUUUAUUCCCACUUUUCACGUAAGUCUAACUGAUGACCACUUCCUACAAUCUGCAGAAUAGGAAACUGUGAUAUACCCCACCUAAUCCAACUAUUAAUAAUAUCUUCUGAUACUUUUACUACACUUCUAGUAGGAUGCUUUGUGAUCCCCCUUCAUUACUUGUCCAUUGCAACAAUGGUGACUAAUGAUCUCCCAUUUCCCCAUCUAGCAGUGUUUGUAACUGUCCCCAACCCAGCAUGUGGUGAUGCCCUCAAUACCUUCUCUGAACACUGGUGUCAUUAACCUGCUUCCCUCCACACAAGUAAGGGCAAUGACUGAUAAUGCACCAUAAACUCCACAUUAUCCAUCUGCAUUUUGGAGCCUCCACUAUCCCCCUCUAUAGUACCUACAUUAAUAACCAGCAAAAAGUCUGCUGAUGUCCAUUACCUAUUAAAAGUGUCUGUGAACCUUCCAUUAAACCUUCCAUUAAGUCCUGGUAGUUUGCUUUUCCCCAUUGGUCUCCACUAACAUAAUGCUGGUUCCCCAUUGCCCAUAGUGCUUCAUGAGGCCCCUGUGUGGCUACUGCCAAGUUCUCCAGCAUUGCUUCUCCACAUCCCCACUGUUUACAUGGACGAGAAACCUGGAAGAGAGAGAAGGGAUGAGGAUGAGGUCCUUGCCUCAUAGUAGGCCCCUCUGGGGAAUUAGUGACCCAGAGUGGGCUGGGGAGGAUCUGAGGGGCCCCGGAGACCACCAGCUGGGAUUCCCAUGAUGCAACCAGAAUAGAGAAGGCUGUGGAUAUGGAUUCAAAUCCUGGUGCCAACACUGAUCUGCUGAGGAUUCUGGGCCAGUCCAGCAAAACUUCCCCCUGAGCCUCAAUUGCCUCACCUGUAAAAUGGAAUUAUUGAGAAUGAAGUGACUUAAUCAGGGCUGAAUAAGGGAGCAGGGCUAGUGGUUACCAAUUAGGGUAUCCUGUUGUUAAUAUCAUUACUAUUUAUAAAUGGACACAGCAUCUGACCAACAUCCGCAUGACGGUGCCCAAACCUCACAGAGGGAAACAUGUUAUUUUUUUUGUCAAUUAAUUCAAAUUAUUUCUCUUUUAUAUGUAUUAUGAUAUUAUAGUACUGAGAUAUUUUUAAAGUCAGAUUUAUUGAGGUGUGGAUAAUCACCCUUUUUAGUGUAGAAUUCUGAGAGUUUUGACAAAUGACAAUUAUGUAAUUAACACCACAGUCAAGACAGAGAACAUUUCCUUCACUCCCCAGCAUUCCUUCCUAUCCCUUUUUAGGCAGUCCCCCUACUUCAGCCUCUUGCAGUCACUAAUUUGAUCUGUUUCUGGUCUCUAUAGUUUUGCCUUUUCCACGGUGUUACAGAAAUAUAUGGGUAUCUGUAUGUACAUAUGUAUGUAUCCUUUUGAGUCUGACAUCUUUCAUUUUGUGAUGUAUUUGAGAUUCAUCCACAUGGUUGUAUGAGAUACAGGUGAAAAUAAGCUGAUGAUAAGAUGCUCAACAUCAUUAGUCAGGAAAAUGCAAAUUAAGACCGUGAUGAGAUACUACUACACACUUAGAAUGGCUUAAAAUAAUUUUUUUUAAAUAGUACCAAAAGUUGUCAUGGAUGCAGAGCGAUGGACACUUUAAUGCAUUACUGUUGGGAAGGUAAAAUGAUAUAUCCACUCUGGACAAAAAUUUGGCAGGUUCUUAUAAAAUUAACCAUAUACCAUAUACUAUGAACCAGCAGUUCUGCUCCUCAGUAUUUAACCUAGAGAAAUGAAAAAUUAUAUAUGGACUCAAAUGUUGACAGAAACUAUAUUCACUUGCCAAAAGAUUGGAAACAACCCAAAUGUAGUGGGUGAAUAAUUCAAUAAAUUGUAGGACAUACAAUGAGAUACUACUUACACAUAAGAAGGAAUAAUUUAUUGACACAAGUUACAAUAUGGAUGAAUCUCAAAAAGUAUGUUUUACCAUGUGAUAAUUUAAAUUAUAU